AUGCUGCAGAGAGUCAAGACGGGCCUUGCAGACAUGAAAUGCUCCAACCCUUUUGCGUUCGCCCCUGUGGCAGUAACGAUUAUUACCGCCGUUGUAUACCUCGGUAUCCUCAUUCCACUUCUCGUAAUUCACGAGACUGUCCCACCCGCUCCCCAAAACCCAACACUCUACGCCGGCCUCAACCUCAGCGAAGCUUGGCUUGACUUGGCCGAAUUAAGCAACGGCUAUCAUCCCUUCAAUAGUCGCAGAAACGAUGAGGUUAGAAAUUGGUUGUUGUUGAGGGUAGAGGGCAUAUUGAAGAGCAACGAUGUUAGCUGGCAGGCAUAUGACGAAGCAGGCCUCACAGCGGGAGAUGGCCUUUACGAUACAGAGUCAACGGAUCAUGUCGAAGUCUCCCCACUUUACACCGCGGAUUCGAUUGAAAACCAGCCUAAGUCAUCCCUCGAUUCGAUCCACGAAGACCUCCGAGCACGCUCUACGUCGCUAGCAGUAACCAUCUUCAAUGAUCUCGUUGCCAAUUACACAAGUACUGCCCUUACAAGUAUAGGAGUUAGUGGACGAAAAGCUGGAAUCAGUACCUAUUUCGAGGGUAGCAAUAUCAUUGUCUACAUUCGAGGAACUGAGGAUGAGGAAGGUGAGUGGUGGAACUCGGUAUCGCAUGGGUCAGCCUCAAUGCACGGAAAAGGAGGAGUCAUGGUCAACGCGCAUUUCGACAGUGUUUCGACCGGAUAUGGAACUACAGAUGAUGGUAUGGGUGUAAUUACUACUCUACAGUUGAUCAAGUAUUUCACGACCGAGGGAAACACCCCAAAGAAAGGAGUAGUCGCACUUUUCAACAACGGCGAAGAAGAUGGGCUCUAUGGUGCCAAGGCCUUUCUCUCACAUCCAAUGGCAAAAUUCGUCCAUACAUUUCUCAACCUUGAGGGAGCAGGAGCCGGAGGAAGGGCAACGCUUUUUAGAAGUACAGACACCGAGGUGACUCGAGCUUACGGCAAAUCUCGGCAUCCAUUUGGUACGGUCGUCAGUGCCGACGGAUUCGCUUCAGGGUUCGUAAGGAGCCAGACGGACUACAUCGUGUUCCGUGCUGAGGGCUUCCGUGGACUUGAUGUCGCUUUCUGGGAGCCUAGAACUAGGUAUCAUACCGAUCAAGAUGAUAUAAAGCACGCUUCUAAAGACUCCCUCUGGCACAUGUUGUCAGCAUCAGUCGAAACGGUCAAAUAUCUAGCCUCAGAUACUAGCAGUAAAUUCGCUGGGCCCCGUGGAGAUGGUGCAAACGGAAAAGUCGAGAAUGGAAAGGGGAGUGAUGGAGUGUGGUUCGAUCUAUUCGGUCGUGCCUUUGCUGUCUUCGGUCUGCGAACACUUUUCGCCUGGUCCUUGACUUUGCUCAUCGCCACGCCUCUGAUAUUGCUGUUGAUCUCAUUCCUCGUGGUUCGAAAGGACAAGAUGUAUUUGUUUACUGGAUCAGUGAAAUUUUCAGGGCACGAAAUCGAAGCUGUUUCCCUUCAAGGAUGGCGAGGUGCAUUCCGGUUCCCAAUUUCUCUCGUCGUCUCUGCCGCCAUUACCGUGGGAGCUGCGUUCUUGAUUAGGAAAAUAAACCCUUUGAUCAUUUACUCAUCUCAAUACACAGUAUGGGCUAUGUCAUUCAGCUUGUUUUUCUGCGUCCAUUGGUUCAUUAUGGCUGGUUGCAACUUUAUAAGGCCAUCUGCGCUUCACAGGACCUAUGCUCUUCUUUGGAUGUUUCUACUCGGUUGGGCAGUGCUUGUCGCAUCUACCGUCUUUGAAGACCGCUACAAAAUCAGCGGAGGCUACAUGUUCGUUUUUUACGAGGCGGCAAUAUUCCUCGCAGCAUUUGUCGGCCUCUGCGAGUUAUUUGCCCUUCCGACCAAGUCUUCGGUGGUCGAAGAAGCCCAUGAUGAGCACGAGACCAGGGAAGGACUCGAUGCUGUGCCAAACUCGGAGGCUAUUGCUCCUCAGCAUACAGAUGCGGGGGAUAAUGAAACGGCACCUGAGGAUGCAACUGAGACUACCCCUCUUGUCGGUGGUAAUGGUCAUCGCACUGCCUUGGGAGCCACAUUUGCAAGUGGCUAUCGUAGAUCAUUGCAAGAGACGAUGGAUGGGGCCAGCGACGAUCAUAAAAAGCAUCACACCUUUGGUGCUGAACAAAGCUGGUCAGGCGAUAUGCCUACAUGGACUUGGCUUAUCCAGUUCAUUCUUCUCGGUCCUUUCAUCGUUGUCAUUAUUGGACAAGUCGGCCUUCUUCUCGUCACGGCAACAGCUCAAACUGGUACUGACGGUAGUCCUCUUCUUCUGCCAUAUCUUGUUGUAGCGCUAUUCUCGAUUUUGGUCAUCCUUCCUCUCGGGCCAUUCAUGCAUCGCAUCACGCAUCACAUUCCAACCUUCCUGUUCCUGGUCUUUAUCGGGACCCUAAUCUAUAAUCUUGUUGCCUUCCCCUUCUCGCCUCAGAAUAGAUACAAGGCCUACUUUCAACAAACAGUCGAUCUUGACAGCGGUUUGAAUCGUGUCACGUUGGUUGGACUCGAACAGUAUAUCCGUGACAUCAUUUCCGACAUACCUUCUGCCGCUGGUCAGGCUAUGGAUUGCACAACCAACUCAUUGAUCCGCAGUGGCUUGAGCUUUUGCUCAUAUGAAGGUCUUGCACCACAAGUAGUUGAGAAGCUCCCAACUGGAGUACCACCCGAGAAAGAAUACGACAGCUGGUUGACAUACAACGUCUCCCGAGUGCCCGGCCAAAACAAGGCCACAUUCCACAUCAAGGGCGAGGAGACCAAGGCUUGUAUCCUCCGCUUCGACGACCCAUUUUCUGGCUUCGCAGUCCAGGGUGCCGCGAGCAACAAUGGCAAAUGGGAUAACGUUCCAGAAAGCGGCAGUGACCAGAUUAAACUCUGGCACAGAGAUUGGGACCGUGAAUGGGUUGUGGACGUUGAGUGGCCCGUCAGUGAGGGGAAGAACGAAGGCGAUGAGGGACGAACUGGAAGGGUGGUUUGUUUCUGGAGUGAUCACAACAUGCCUGGAACCAUCCCGGCGUUGGAUGAAGCUCAGAGAGCUGCGCCGGGGUGGACGAGUAUUGUGAAAUUAAUGGAUGGCUUGGUUGAGGGUAGUAAGGCGUUUGUGAUUUAA